UCAUAUAUCUCUGUCUCUUGCUCUUCCAUCUUAUUAUUGUACACUUCGUCCAGUUCGUUCUCUUUUCUUCUUCCUCUUUAAGCUCUUUUCCUUCCUUUAGAUCCGUUACGAUCUAAGAGGUUCAUCCAUGGCUUCAAAACGGAUCUUGAAGGAGCUCAAAGAUCUCCAGAAGGACCCCCCGACCUCUUGCAGCGCAGGGCCUGUCGCUGAGGACAUGUUUCAUUGGCAAGCAACGAUAAUGGGCCCCCCAGAUAGUCCUUAUGCAGGGGGUGUCUUUCUAGUUACCAUUCACUUCCCUCCUGAUUAUCCAUUCAAACCACCUAAGGUUGCGUUUAGGACUAAGGUCUUUCAUCCAAAUAUCAACAGCAAUGGAAGUAUCUGCCUUGACAUUUUGAAAGAGCAGUGGAGCCCUGCUCUAACCAUAUCUAAGGUGUUGCUAUCCAUUUGUUCCCUGUUGACGGACCCAAACCCAGAUGAUCCCCUGGUGCCAGAAAUUGCUCAUAUGUACAAGACAGACCGGGCAAAGUACGAGACAACCGCUAGGAGCUGGACCCAGAAGUACGCUAUGGGCUAAUGUGCUUUGUAGCGAGGGCAUGCAGUACUUCGGCUUGUAUUCCUUGUAUUUCUUGUUAUGUAUAAAAGAAGUGUGGUCCGAACUUUUGUAAUAGACAUUGAAGAAUAGAUCUACAUGUACACCUCGCAAAUGAUGACAAUGUUUUAGGUGGUUUAAUGGAUACUUAGCAACUAUGAAAUAUCAGCUGUUAAUGUUCAAUUUGCUGUCUAUAUGUGAAAGUAGAAGUUUGUUGA